CUGGCGGCGGUCGCUGGCCGGCGCCCAGGGCACGGGCAUGGCGGGCUGGUGGCGGGAGCUCCUGCGCACCGUCCGGCGCUACCCUUGGCCCACGAACGUGCUGCUCUACGCCGCGCUCUUCUCAGCCGGCGACGCGCUGCAGCAGCGGCUGCGGGGCGGCGCUGCUGACUGGCGGCAGAGGCGGCACGUGGCCACCGUGGCCGUGGCCUUCCACGCGAAUUUCAACUACGUGUGGCUGCGCCUGCUGGAGCGCGCGCUGCCGGGGCGCGCGCCGCGCGCCGUCCUGGCCAAGGUGCUGUGCGACCAGGCGUUCGGCGGGCCGGUGUACGUCUCUGCCUUCUACUUCGAGUGGUCUGAUGUACUGGCCUUUUGUACAGCUGACCAACUUCAGCCUCGUUCCUGUUCACUGGAGAACAGCUUACACUGGGCUCUGUGGUUUUCUGUGGGCCACUUUCCUCUGCUUUUCACAACAGGGUGGUGAUGGUACCUUGAAGUCAGCUUUUACUUUCCUUUAUAUAAAGGGAACAAAUGAAGUUGAAAGACCCCCAAAGAAAUGACAAGUCAAGAACUCCCUGAAAUUGCCUAAUUUUUUCCCCUUAAAUGCAGAGGAUUGCCUGCAGAUGAAGUACCCUGCUUACCAGUUAUGUGCUCCAUUUUGAAGAAUUACUAUUCUGUAGACCCAAUUGUUUUGUUUUGUUUUGUUUUUUUAUUGCGGUACGCGGGCCUCUCACUGUUGUGGCCUCUCCCGUUGCGGAGCACAGGCUCCGGACUCGCAGGCUCAGCGGCCAUGGCUCACGGGCCUAGCCGCUCCGCGGCAUAUGGGAUCUUCCCAGACUGGGGCACGAACCCGUGUCUCCUGCAUCGGCAGGCGGACUCUCAACCACUGCGCCACCAGGGAAGCCCGAUCCAAUUGUUUUUUAAUUAGCAAUGAUAACUUUCAAUUCUAUUCAAAUCUCCUUUUUUUUCAUUCUAAUCCGAAAGUAUUAUUGAUACUUCUCUAGUAUUUUCUCUUCCCUAAUACUUUGGUUAAUAUCAAUAACAGUGGCAGAAUGGCAGUUUAUAAUCAUUACUAUUUCUGGUCUAAUAUUUUAUUGCCAGUUGAUUUAAGGAGCUUCCAUUUUGAUUGUACACAUCUCUCUUCUAAAAUCUCAGGUUAUCUCUUAGACACUUUUGGCUCGGAUUACCUUUGAUACCAAAAAUAGUCCUUAUAGUUAAUUUCUGUUUACACAGAAUUCAAUCAGGAAUAUGGAAUAACCAGAUUUUCCCCUAAAAUGCUGUAUAAUAAUUUAUUGUUAUGCUAAUACUAAAGUUCUGCAAGUACGUUUUAUGUAAGAAGAAAUGUGCACAGUGUAUGAUUAGUGUUCUGUAUAGAGUGUAUUUUACUGAUGUCUUCUACUUUUAUAGUUUUUAAUUAUUUUUUUAGUUAAUGUUUUUUAGUUUUCAGCAUAGUCACUUGGCUAAAUAUCCCAUGUCCUAGAUAUAUGAAAUAUAUAAAAUAUUUCACUUUUAAAAGAAAUAUAUUGAGUGAAGUUUCUAAAAAAAAUUAAUAAGUUUUCUUCUGGAAGGGAGAACUCUAUUCCAUAAAGUUCCAGGGAAAAUGGUUACCCCAAAUUCACACUGAUAUUAUCUUUUUUAAAAUUAGUGCUUUAACAUAAAUCUUUAUAGGUAAUCUUUAAGGUGUACAUGAGAAACUUGAUCCAGUUUUUCAGAUUUACUCAGUUUUUCUAACUUCAAAACCAGUGGGUUUAACAAUUAUUUGACUAUUUCAAGAAGUUUUAGUAAUUUUCACCCGAGAAUUGCAUCACUAUUCUGUUGCUUCCCAUGGAGUGUUUCACAGAUUUAAAGAUGUGAAGCACUGAGAUGUUAAUAUAUUUAUCUUGAGAAUUUAUAUUUAAGAUUAAUUUAAGAAUGUAUGCCUAAAUAUUUUAAGCAUAUAAUUUAUAUAACUUGUAAUAUAAAUUGAUAUGUCAUAAGUAAAUAACUUUUAAGUGUGGAUUUAUUUGAAUUUAACAGAUAUGAAUAUAUUUUACAUUAUUGGGGCAAGAGUAAGGAAAUUUCUAGAUAGUUUAAUUCUAAAAUAAUUUUUUUUCAGUAGUUUUAAAAGUAGUUCGUACAACAGAAGAGCUAUUUCACAACAUAUAAGACACGUUUUGUCAUUUGAAAAGAAUAUCCAGAGUAACUAUAGAAAAAACUACCUGGCAAUCUUUUAGAUGAGCUUCAAUAUUACUUAUGGUGGAAGAAUAGUGUUUGGGAAAAUAUUUCAGAAAACGAACCUUGUUUAUACUGUCGAGGGGGAAAAGCUUAUUAUUCAUAAAAGUAUGAUAAUCUUUACUCAAUAAUGUGUUACUCUGUACUGUAGAGAGAAUAUGUAGCGUGUAUUCUCUGAAUUUUUGCAAAUAAUACCCUUUUAAUUUUUAUGCAGGACUACUUUUUUUUUUAGCGUGAGAAAUGGAACUCAUUCGAAAUAAUGCAGUGUUUGUUUUAAAAUGCUGCUGUCCUUGGUAAAACACGCUCUCAACCUUCCAGUGUUUAGAACAGAGCAGGUGGCUCUUAUUCUUCUUCCAGGUUUUCCCAUUCAUAAGGUUUCUUUAACUUGCUUGUGUGUUGCCACCUGGCCCCUUUUCUGGCCCCCUGGUUGCUCAGGCAAAGGCAAAACCUUUCAUUGAUUUCCCUUGACAGAGUUGAGGUAGACUGAAUUUUCAAAACAACUUGACCUAGUACGUGUAGAAAACAAAAGGGAAAUUUAGAGGAUGUUGAAGCAUUUUUUUGAAAAAAGUUUACAGAAUAUUGCUUUUUGAUCCUGGGUCCUGGCAUUUGAGGUAUUUACCUUGUAACUCUAAUGGCAUCUACCCAGCUUUCCUACUUUUCUGAUGCCCUGGUGGUCAUUGUAUGGUUAUGCCAUUGGCCACCACUACCAGGGAGUUGUCUCCUUGGCCCUGCUACCAGUAAAAUCAAGCGUGCCCAGUCCCACCUUUUUGGACUUAUGGUUUCCAUUUCCAGUCUCAGAUAUAGGCCUUUUACCCAGAUAACUGAAAAAUGAUUUCUCAGUUCAGGGGAGAUCUUUUCCUUCUAUACAAGUGGAUGCAACCAUCCUUAUAGUCCACCAGGAUAACCAUAGUAGAUAAAAUUUCAUAACCCUUAUGUAAAUAAUAAAUGUUAUUAAAGGGCCACUGUAGGGAUGUGAAGAGGGUAAACAACAAGGCGAUAACUGUUAAAAGAAGUCCGUGGUCUAGUUGGGAGUAUAAGUGAAGAAAUUGAUAAUCAGGUUCUCAGGACAUCUAAUCCGAUUCAUCAUUCAUUGCUUGAACAACAUCCGUGACAAGUGGUCAAUAGAAAGCUUGAAUAUUACUCAAGUAAUGCUUCCCAGCUGUAGGUUAGUGACAUAAGCAGUAGGUACUUUGAAAUCAUGGUGCCUGAGGCAACCUGGGAAGGCUCCAUGGAGGAGAUGCCUGAGCUGGGUCUUGAAGGAUGGAAAGUCACAAGACUGAAGGUCUGUGAACUGGAGUGGUGAUGAUAGGAUCAGAUGAGAUGAGAUCUUGAAAGAGAAGAAAAAGAAAAGGCAUUUAAGUUCUAAAUUAGAGGGAAAUUUCCAUUGGCUGUUCCUCAACUUUGAAUAAAGUAGAUGUUUCUGUCCAGCUUACUUGUAAUUAAAAAUCAUGCAUAAUUUGUAACCUAUCAGUCUUUUUCAUUUGUAGGAAAAUUAAUGAAAGUUAUUCCCUUUUAGCUAUAUCAUAGUGGGUUUGGUGAGGAAAAAUUAGACAAUGUGAGAGUUUGCAAGUUUGCAAUUUUUUUUGCAUAACAAUUUCUGAUAACAAGUUUGAGAGUGGCACGUAAAAAUAUUUUCCUCAAAAUCUGUCAGUAAGGUGAUUCAGCAGACAAAGUAAUUAUCUGCCCACUACACAGUCAGUGAAAUUUUGCAUUUAGGGGUUCAUGAGAUUUUGCAUUUAGGGGUUCAUUUAGGGGUUCAUGAAGGGUGCUUUAGGAAAACUUUAUCUUAUUUGUAUUGAUGUUUUGGGGGGCCAGAAUAAGAAAAGUGUUUAAUGAAUCAGAGAAAUUACAGCUACUAAAAGAUAAUUCAAAGAGAAAAACAGUUUCACAUUCUAGUACUUCAUUAAUAAUUGCAAUUUUGGUUUUUAACACUUUGAAGAAAAUUUUGUUUCAUUUCUUUCACUGUAAAACACAUAGAUAUAGAGAUUUAACUUUGGUAUUUCAGGUUGAGUCUAAAUAAGGCCUCCAAAUCAACUGUGUUAACCACAACCAAAUUAAACAUAGAUAGUCUCUCUAAUUGAGGUAGAUGACCCAGAAUUACAAUUUCUAACUCACCCAUACUUUAUUUCUCUCCAAGAAUUGUCAUCCUUUAGGAUUCAUUUGAAGCUAUUGAAAAAUAUCUUUUGCUAGGUGGGCAAUUUACUUUUAGUUCAGUGAAAUUUUAUGUGAAUUUCUAUAGUGUUUGCCAAAACAAAUUAUGCCCAGAACACGCUUAACCAUAUAUUCUGGAGGCAGCUUUCAUUUGAAAUUAGGUUCAUUAAAUUAGAAAUUUAAUGGAUUUUUUGUGCCUGAAGAUCUUGACCUUGCAUUGACUACACUUAACCUAGUUUUACCCACAAUGUUUAGAAUCUAAAGGAACAGAAAAUGCAAUUAAACAACUAUUGAAAAUUUUUCUUUUAAUAAUGGGGAAUAAGUGAAAGGGGAAAUCUGGAGAUUAACAAUAAAGGAUGUACUUAGAACUUCAAGCUACUGUGAGCAGUAGCCAACCAAGUGAAUAAAAUGGAAUAGUUAGUAACUGAGUAACAUUAUUGGCAUAUAUCAGAAGCAUAUCUUUUUUUAGUUCUCUUCCCCCUUGUGUCUUCCUUUCCUUAAAUCUUUAUUUAUCCAUACCUUCCUUCCUUUCUCUGUCGAAUGGCCAUAACAAGCCCCCUUCUCCUGUCCUUCAUCCCUCCCUAACCCUGACCACCCAAGACAAUCCAAGGGGACAGAAUAACUGUGAUGAAGUUAGGGAUCAGACUACUUAAGUGACAUAACAGCCAUGAUGUAGAGAGAUGGUAGCAGAGCCUCCUCUUUGGAUCUUUUCUUCCCUCUGGGGGAAGAAAAUGUGGAAGGAUCAAUCAGCCCUAGGGAGAAUUUUGAAGUGAGUGAACAUUCUGGAGGCAGCUUCCAUUAGAAAUUAGGUUCAUUUUCUGAAAGUAUUAGAAAGUUAAUGGGUCCUUGUACUUGAAGAUUUUGACCUUGAAGUGUCCCCUUUCUUUUCAGAGAUCCUCUCCUUCCUCUGGAUGCCCGUUCCCUGCAUUCUCUCUGACUUAGUGCGAUAUCUUCCAAAUCAGUUCUCAUGUCUUUUCCUCACCUCUCAAAACUCCCAUUCUCUCUAUCUGACUGA